AGCACACAUCAAUUAUUUUCUUCUUCCUUUGUUUCUUCUGUUAUGUUAUGUGUUCCCUUAGAUGAAAACUUCUUCUGUGUGGACAUCCCUCAGAUCUGCCAUCUCUAAUCUUAAAGAGAGAUCAUCAUCAAAAAAGAACAAGGCUAAUGCAAAUGCCUUAUCCAACAAGUUAAACCUUAACGAAGAAUACCAAGCAGCCUUUAGAACAAACUCUUACGUUGAAUUCACAGCAACCACCAACAACACAUCAUCAUCAUCAUCAUCCUCAUUAAUGUCAUGUCUUCUCCAACCAGACCAAGAUAUGCUUCACAACAUCACCUCCAAUGGUGGCCAUGUCCACAACCAUGACCUUUUAAUUCAAUAUUUCCAAGCUAGCUUUGAAGCUUUCGAAACUUGCCGACUUCUUCUUCAAGCUUUGAAUCAAACUAAAAUCAAUCACCACAUUCUUGUCAAUGCUACUAUCAAGCUUACUGCAAUGGCUUUAAGGGCGGAAGAUGACGAUAACGGUAAUCAUGGUCUUGUUUAUGGGGAGGAUGAUCGGUUAAUAUCGUUGUCUUCUUUCUCUCAUCUAAAAGACCCUAAUUUCUCCAUUCUUACUCGAAUUGGGGGCCGAUUUCUUGCAUUGCAUGAAUCUCAUUCCGAGUUGUUGCAGAAACUUGCAAGCAAGCGGAAUGAAACUCGAAGCAAGUUGAGGUUGAAAAGAUUAAGGAAGAGAGCAGCCAAAGGUUGUUUAUUGAUAUCAAACGCGGCGGUUCUGGUGGCUCUACUACUUCUGGCUUUGCACAGUCUCGUCGGCAUCGUGGCAGCGCCGGGGUUAUUAAUCGCUUGCUUUGUGGGCUUAUUGAAGAAGAAGGUUAAGAGAGAUUAUAAGCUCCCUUUUACGCUGGAGACGUCUCUCCAGCAAAUGGAGAUUGCAGCGAGAGGGACGUAUAUUACGAUGAAUGAUUUGGACACGUUGAGUCGGAUGGCUGCCAGGCUCGACGUGGAGGUGGAGCAUUUGAGAGCAGUGGGGGAGAUGUGGAUGAGAAGUAGCAGAUCAGGGUGUGAGAUAUUGAAGGAGUUUGUUGUAGAAGAUGAAGCCAUUGUUGAGCAAAUGAAGGAGCUUCAACAACAUAUAUAUUUGUGUUUUCAUACAAUAAAUAGGUCUAGAAGGCUUGUUAUGAAUGAAAUUAUGGGAGAUAUGGAUCAAAGUGGUUGAUGAAUUUAGGGAGAUACUGUACUAAUACAAUACUUAUCAACAAUUAAUUAAUUUGUUUUUCAAAUAGUGAGAGAGGAUUUAAAGUUAUUGUUUGGC